AACCACUCAUCUACGGAGUGUACAUUCACCUACCUGAACCUAUUUUCCACACCUGCUUACAUUGUCAUGAUAUAUCUGUAAGGCUUGCAUUGGGUGGAGGAGGAGGUAACAUAUAUAUUUGUUUUCAAUUAAAUAGGCUGGCCUGUCUCUUUUGGUAGUACUAAUUCUUGGAUCUCUUGUUCGUCUUUGCUUUAUCCCCUUUUUCCGCUAUCCUCAGGUUCUGUGCUAAAACAUGUAGUGUUUUAUUGGCAUUUUAAACAACUUUACCACGUCUAUAUGUUACAUGUUUUUGCCGGAUGCUCUAACCAUGCCACUUACUUUUGUGAUGACAUAUUCUUUUUCAUGCCUUGUGCAGUCUGCUUCUCAAGUUCAUGCGGGUCAAUUUGUUACUGGCUUCGUGGAUGGAUCUGUCAAACUAUUCGAUAUUCGGAUGCCAGAAAUGCUUGUUUGUGCAACACGACCUCACCCCGAAGUGGAAAGAGUUGUUGGGGUUGGCUUUCAACCUGGACUUCAACCAGCGAAGGUUGUCAGUGCAUCUCAGGCUGGUGAUAUUCAGUUCCUUGAUAUGAGAAAUCUCAAGGAGGCAUACUUGACCAUUUAUGCUCACAGGGGAUCACUUACAUCUCUGGCGGUCCAUCGUCAUGCACCCCUUGUAGCGAGCGGUUCAUCUAAGCAACUUAUCAAAGUGUUCAACCUGGAGGGUGAGCAGUUAGGCACCAUUAGGUAUUUGUCCACCUUUAUGGCUCAGAAGAUAGGAUCUGUAAGAUGUCUUACCUUCCACCCCUAUCAAAUGCUGCUUGCUGCUGGUGCAGCUGAUGCCUGUGUUUCUAUCUAUGCUGAUGAGGUCCCGCCACCAUGAUAACAACUUCAUAGCUUCGUCUACAAACCUUCAGAUUGAGAGACAAGAUUUUCAGACUUAUGGUAUUCCUUUAAGGUGGUCAGUGGUGGAUGCAUUGUUGACAUCUUCUGGUCCCUUCUCGACCUCUCUGAAAUACUGAUUGACUCACUGAGAUUGCAGUUAUCUUCUGGUCAGUUGCUGUCAACCUCUCUCAAAUACGGAUUGGCUCACUGAGGUUGCAUGCUACUUAUUUAUUGAGAAUUUGAGAGUCAGCUUCAGAGUGGUGGAAAGUUGAGAAGAAUCAACAUACUGGAGGGAAGCGUUGGAGAAUAAUUUGAUACAGAGGUAAAAAGAUGUAGAUAUCUUCAUUCUUUGUUGUUCUAGUUUGUAAAUUCCAUUUUCUCUAGUUUCCUGCUUUAGUUCAAUCUUCUCUCUGCUUAGCUUACCUUCUUUUCUCCAUUCUCACCCAUUUAAGUCAAUUUGUACUUAUCAACUAACCUCCAUUUGUAAUGCCUUCACCUGAAUAAUAAUUUUAAUGUUAAAAACAGUCCUCAAAAGGGAUGAUAGUUGGACAAUCUUUUA